CUUUCAACUACCCACCAACAAAGUACCAACAAAGUCGCGACGCACCAGACCAGACACUCCAGUCUGCGACUCUGCGAUUGCUUCACUUGGCCAUUCGUUAUUACCUACUCUAUUUGUUAUCGUUGCGCCAGACCUUCCUGAAGUUAUCUCUAGUUGCCGGGAGCUUUUGCGCCGUGUUAAUUACCUAAGUUGUGCACACGUCCGCCGUGACCUCGGUCGGCACCUUCUCGCUUCUCAAUUCCAGUCGCGCCUGCUGACGAUUACCUCUCCAACCUCGACCACCGGUACUUGUCCAUCUUUCUAUUCCCUCUCCCUCGCCCAGACUCUUUGCGCCCUGUGGACAGUUUUGCAAAGUCACAAACUUCGCCGUCAGGUCGUUUUAGUUGUCUAAUAGUUGGCAACACACAGGCAUCCUGCCUAACAGCCGAUGAUCACUGAUCAGCGUUCGGCAUUCUAAGGUUCUUUCCUCAGGACCAUAUCAAAUCCACCAGAUCCGAAAACCGUACGUAUAGUAAUCUCCGACCCACCCUCCGCCUUGGUCGACCCAGCCUGCGUCCCAACGCCCAGGGCUCGUCGCCCCAGGCCUUUCCUUUUGUGGUUUUCCCUCCUCACGCAAUUCUCACCCGCUUCCAAUUCUCGAAUCUCCUCGCCUGGCUCUACCCUAUCCCUCUCCUGGGCUCUGACCCACGACAUCCCCCCACCCUGCCACCCACCCUUCUCAUUACUGUCAGUCUGUCUUGUAUCCUGUACAGUUUUCAUCGUUACCGUAUCGUUACCGUGUUCAUACCGUUUCGCCUCGGUUUGCGUCCUUCCCCAUUACGUACGAUGCUGGCAGACUGCCCACACCCAUCCUGAUCUCAUCCUAACUUUGGCUUUGGUUACAUAUACCCCCUCGGCACCACCCUCUAAGCCAGCCUCGUCUGUUGAGUCUGCCCUCCUUGUCUACAAGUCACUUCAGCCUUCUAGUACUGGACUUGCAAGUUUUUGCGUGACUUAAGCCUGCCACCUGUCCCAAGCCUCAACAGUGUGUCCCAAGCCUCAACAGUCCAUCUCGACAUCACACCAUGACAUCCAUCACUCAGUUAUUGUCUCCAUGGCCUGUUUCUAAGCAUUCAAUAGUAUUACGAGAUCAACAUUAUCCGCCGCCACACUUCUCCAGUUACUCAGAUCCUGUCGACACCAUGCCACCAAUGCCUCCUUCUCCCAGUGACCAUGCCAAUGACAAUGUCACCGGCAGUGCUGAAAGCGAUGGUGGGGAGAAUAAUGGAGACGGCCGCAAGGGCUAUGGAAAGCGCGAGCUCAGCACUAGCAAACGCGCUGCCCAGAACCGAGCUGCACAGAGAGCCUUCCGACAAAGAAAAGAGGGCUAUAUCAAGAAACUAGAGGAGCAAGUUCGCGAUUAUCAAGUUCUGAGUGAGAACUUCAAAACUGUUCAGGCAGAAAACUAUCAACUUCGAGACUACAUCAUCAACCUACAGUCACGUCUACUCGAGUCACAGGGCGAGGUUCCUCCGCCUCCAAGCAAUGUCGACGGUCUUCAGCCAGGAAAGGCGGGUCCUCCACCUCCCCAGGCGGGCACUUUGCCCCGUCUCUCCGAAUUGGGUGCUGUCGGCCAGUCUCAGGACGCCAUGGGGAGCAGUCAUCACGAACCUCACCGUGGCUCGUAUCCAGACCCUACGUACGCGGAGUCGCCAGUAUCGAAACGUGCACGGACAGCUUCAUCUGAUCUGACGCCAUCACAAUCUGCCCUUCAAGGGCCAGCAAUUUUGUCACAGUCAUCUGCAGGCGUACGGUAGAGCUAUUUGGCGACGGGGUUCGCGUCGAGACAAGCUCCCCAGAUGCCGCUGUGGUUAUUUUGUCCAAAAGGACCGGCAUGGCAUUACAGGUGUACGGAACACGGGUGGGAAGGUCGUCGACUUGUUGACUGGCGUUUGAUGCAUUUUGGAUGUGCUCAUGACGAAGACGGUGGUUGAGGGAGCCACUUGGAGAGCUGUGACCUGUACCAAGAACAAGGACCCAGCUCUCAAACUGUGUUAGCAUAGAAGUCUUCAAAAUAUGGCUAUGAAAUGAUAUCCACAGGCUGAAGCCGAGCAUGAAGAAGCA